GACGCGGGCGCCGGCGAGGGGUUGAGGGGCGCGGGGCGCGGCGGAACCACGCGCGGGAGGCGCCUCAGGAAACGCUGCUCGCGGCCCCGCUGGGGAUCAGUCCACCAUGUCUGCGUCGGAGCCGGCGAGCGAACCCUCCUCCCCCUCGCCGCCGCUGCCUCCGCCUCUUCCUCCUCCUCCGCCCAGUCCCCCUGUGGCCGCCGAGGGUCGCGGCGCCCAGGCUGCCGGAGCCGCCGCCGUCUGGGCUCGGAUCCGGGAAGCGGCGGCGCGGCCGCGGCGGCGGCGGGCCCCUCAUUUGCAUGCGAUUAGCAUGCGCCCGCCCGCCUCAUCUGCAUGCGCAUUCCUCCCGCCGCAUUCCUGCGCUUAACCCCGCCGCUGCCGGCGCCGCGGCUCCAGCCUGGGCGCACCGCCCGGGAGGGGCGGGGGAGGGGCCGCGGCUCCAGGUGGGAGGGAGGCGGCGAAGGAAUGUGCGGCGGGCUCCCUCCCCUUGACCCCAGAGAGCUCCCCGGGCCAAACGCCUAGAGGUUUUCGAGUUUCUGGACUGGGAAUAUUGCAAGAAGUCUCCACAACCUUCUCAACCUCUCGUCUUCUAAGGAAACCACGAAACUUUCGAGAGGAAAGCGGGUGGGGUGGGAGCUGUCCUCGGAAGGAAAAACCCCCAACAAGCGGGGAGGGCACAAAGGCUCCCCACGCCGCGCCCCGAGCCCCUCCUGCACCCCUGGGCGGACCGGGGAGGUGGGAAAGCGCCAAGCCGCGGGGGCGCGUCGGUGGGUCCGGGACGGCGGGGCCUCUGCAGGGCGCCUGGCCCUCGGUGACCUCGGCAGAGACCGCGGGCCGCGCGGCGGAAAGCGGAGAAACUCCCGCCCAGCCCUGGAGCCGCCCAGGAGCCACCCGCCGCCCCGCCGCGUCGGGGCGCUCCAGACGCGAGGCCCCGGAGGCUCCCGGUCCCUGGCCUCCCCUGCUGAGUUUGGGGCGGUUGGCCGUGGGCGCGCCCCGAGUCCGGUGCCUUCCGUCCAGCCGCCCGCCCCGAGAUGUCUCCCCCACCACAGCCCCGCCGUGGCCAACGAGUUGGAGCGGCCACUACGGAGAGACCCACGGCGGCGCCGGACGCCAGCCCUUCCUAGGCCCCUGCCCGGCCGAGGCGGCCCGGAACCUUCCCUGCUGCGCAGGCCUUUAUUUAUUCAGCAGCUACUACGUGCUGGCCGGCACUGCCGAGGGACCGGCCCCCGGCCCCAGGCGGGGCAAUGCCGGGAGCACCGCCGGCGGGGCCUGGACCCGGAGCUUCACUGUCCCCGGCCCCUCAGUCUGAGGCGGCGCCCCCCAGGCCCAGAUCUCCUCUUCAGCCGCUUUACACCGCCGCGCCCCAUCAUCUUCUUCUGGGCUACCGAGCAGUUCUUUUAAAAUGACAACACCGAGGAAGGCCCCGAAGCCCCGUCUUGCACCUCGUGGUGUGAGUCGUUUAAUCCUGCCCGCUAAAGCGUCAGGAGUUUCCCCCGUGUGCAGGACUCGGCGCUGGGCAGGGGCUCCCGCGGGGGUUGGACCGACCUCCGCCUCCCCUGCGGGUUCACAGGCCUGCGAGGGAGUCGCGUGGAGACUCGCGCUGUGCGGGGCUGGCCUGCGCUAGGGCAGCCGCUGCCCCGGGGUGAGGGCGGCUUUCGGCUCCCGAAGCCAUCCCGUCGGGGCGUCUGCGGCUAAUCUCUCAGGCGGAGAGGCUCAGACUUGGAACAGACUUCACGGAAGGGGUCCUACAAGGGGCAAGGGGGGUCGUGUUUGCCCUUAGAGCAGUCUGGGCGUGAAGUGGACACUUUAAACCACCAGAAACGCUGGAGAGCUUGGAGCGCCUGGGAAGGAGCCAUCGGAGCGGCCGGAGGUGGGGAAGGAAGGCACCCACGGCGACUUGGCUCGCCUUGACCGCCUUUAGGGCUGCGGCUUGCGCGGCCGGGCUUCUGGAAGCCAGGCUCCGCGCUUGGUGAAGAGAAGCCCCCACCUUCGGAUCUGGGUUCUGCCCCAGAGUCCAUUAAUCAGGAGGUGAUCACACAAGUCCAGCUUCUCUAGUUCCCGGUGGAAUGAGACGCCCUGGUGGGGCCUUAAGGUUGAGCGUUUGAAUACUGCAAAAAAAAAAAAAAAAAAAAAUAGGGCCUGUGUACAAUUAAUCUCUCACUAUGAGCGAAUGUACGUUGCUUUGGACUCUCUAAACUGGCCCAAAUGCAUGGCCAACACUUGCAUUGUGGUGUACUAACAACAUCAUUCAGCACUAAACCAAACCACCCUGAUUUAAA